CCCGUGCGAAGCUCCUCUUUGGAAAAUCUCCAGUGUAGAUGCUGGAGAGCGCUGUAAAGUGAAAGCUCCCCUGCUCGACUAGUCCAGGGCAGGGAGGCACCGCUCACUGUUUACUCAAUGAAUUUGGAGCAGAGAUGCCUUCAUUCAAAAGUCAGACCUCAUGGAUUCUUUGAGGUGUGACCCUCUUCAUGUGGAAGCUGCGCUAGGCUCAGACGUUCUCUAUUACAUUACUUAAUCUUUUUUAUUCCGGACUUUGGCAUGAUGACAAAAUGUGAUCCGGAGCUGCGGUCGUGGUUACAUGGCCACCCAUUAAUUUUGCGCCGAUGACCAUCCUUUUGACCCUCUACCUGAUUCUGUUCUUGGGAUUUUGGAGUAAACCUAAAAAACACACGUCAAAGGGAACCACAAGAUGCGUUUGUCUCCUCUGGUGCUUUGGCAGUAACCUGGAAAACCAUUUGAACAUCGAGGUUUGGAAUUCUUUCUUAAUUCUGAGCUGUGCAUUUUUGACCACUGUGGAUGCUCACCAUGAAAGCAGCUUGGUAGAGCUCCGGGUUUUGCUGCAAAAAGGGAAACAUAUAUUUGAAAAUUCAGAUGCCCUAUUAUAUGCUCCACAUGCAGAUAUAGAUAAAUGCACUCCUUCAUUAAUGUACUGCUACCUGCAGGAGUUGUAUGUUAUUUUAACAGAGGCGAAGGACUCAGGAUAUGACAAUGAAAUCCAGUCGGUAUUCACUCUUAUUGAUACAUACAAAAACUGCUCUGAUAGCAACUGUCCAGCAUGUGAAACCCACCUGGUAGCCAACUCAACAGUGUUCAUGAAAAGGAUGGAGGAGUUUAUUCAGAAACUGUUGUCAAGUAAAAACACAGACUGUGAUUAACACCCUAAUCUUGAUGUAAAUAUCAUCCAUGUCUUUUUAUCAUGUAUUCAAAAAUACUAUAAAUGUAUUAAUUUCUAUAUAUUUAUGAACAAAACAGCCACAUUAUACACUUAUUUCUUGCCUCAGGUCAAAUGUGUUAAUUUGCUCCACUUUCUAGUUUUAAAAAAUUAUUUUUUAUAUCUAUUUUUGUACUAUGGGGCUCUUUUCUGUAAACAUACCAUACAGUUGAAUGUAGGGCAAAUAUGUAGCCAUGAUGACUAGAAGACAGGAGCUGAACUUUCUUGUCUUGGACUGAAAAGGGCUCGUCGGAGUGUUAGAUGGUGUUUAUUCCAAAGCCAGGAAGACACUCCUAAUUUUAUCUUUAUGUGAAGCUAGGGGACGAUGGUGCUGGAAUAAGGUUUCAUGUAUCUUUGUAUAUGAUGCUGUUUGUUGUGUUGUAACAUUCUGGCCUAUAAAGUACUUUUUAUGUCCCUGAAAACAAACAUAUAAAUAUAUAUUAUAUAUGUUUAUGAAUAUAUAAGUUUAUAUAUACUACCUAUAAUAAUCAGAAAAGAUACUGAAUCUGUAGGUUGAGCUGAAUGUUUAACCAGCGCUGUGUUGUUGGUGUCAUGUAUCUGUGUUCUCACGAAGGGAACAAGCUCACUUUGCAUAAAGCUUAGCUAAUACUGCAUUAUAAGCUUACUCUCUAUAAGCUUAUUCAAGUGUGUGAGCAGGGAGGAGUUUUCUCUCACCUGCCUCAUGUGUAACUUGAUAUGUAACCCUUCUGUAUUGCCUGUACUGUAUCAAUAAACAUGGUCCACCCUCUCUCUCGCA